AUGGAUAUUCCAAAACCCCCCCGGAGGAAAUAUACAUUAGGGAAAGAGCCCAACCCAAUUAAGAGCAUUUCGUAUCACACGGAUUGUACGACGUUGCAUCAUGCUUUAGAGGAGGCUCUUGAUCAUCGAGAAUAUGAAGCGCUGAAAGAGUCGAAGUUGGGAGUUUUCAUCAAGUUCCAAGAGCUGGGAUUUGGUUGGGCUUCAAGGCUGGUUCACUUCAUGCUCGGUUUUCAGCUCGACAUAAAGAAGAAGUAUGAGCUGUGGUGUCUCGUUGGUCCAGAAUCGCUGAGGUUUUCACUGAUAGAGUUUGAAAAGCUCACUGGUCUAAACUGUGAGUACAUCGAGGACCUUGAGAGUCCGUACUGUCCUGUUACGCCGGAGAUGUCUUCUUUCUGGGCGAAGUUGGGAGUUAAUAUCAAUGCUGGGCCAUCUACUGGCCAGAUAAUAGCAGCACUCAAGAGAUGCAAAGAGUGGUCUCGGGAUGAUCGCAAGCGGCUCGCGUACCUUGCCAUCUUCGCUGGAUACAUUGAAGGGAAAAAGGUCACAACUUCUACACAGGCUAGUCUGGCGAGAGUCGCUUUUAAGAUGCUGAUUGAGUCUCAGGAGGCCAAAAAUAUCACGGGUUGUUACACGAUUGAUGGGUUUGUACAAGCUUUCCAGUCAUGGGUGUACACAGCUCUGCCGGAACUUGGUGCUGGUUAUGGUAAUCCCGUAGGAGGCAAACCGGCUGUACCGUUACUGGCUUACUCGGGUGGCAAAGGACGCAGAUGGUUUCAACAGGCUAUCUGCAGUCAGAUUAGAGUGGAAAAUUUUGUUGAGAAGGAGGAGAUCGGUGAACUGUUUCCACAAUGGGACUCUGAUGUUGAGGACCCGGACGCGGAGAACAUAAUUAAAGUCAUGUAUAAGAGACCGUGGAAGUGGACCAUGGAUUGCUGGGAAGUCACCGGUACUUGUGAUGCGAGUCCAACGAAGGAAGAUGAAGAACGUCCAAGACAUCGGAAGAAAGCUAAAGAACGUCCAAGACGUCGGAAGAAAGCUGAAGAACGUCCAACUCCAAGACCUCGGAAGAAAGCCCGUUUAGAGGCAACUGCAGAGGCAACUGCAGAGGCAACUGCAGAGGCUAGUGAAGAGGCUAGUGAAGAGGCUCGUGAACGUGAAGAGGGUCGUGAAGAGGCUCGUGAACGUGAAGAGGGUCGUUCCGAUGUUCGUACAGAGGUGAUUGGGAUGACCAAAGAGGAAUUGGACAGAAACUUCAAGGACCUAGCUGAUGCCUUGAGGCAAGGGUUUGGGACGUGCCUUGCGGAGAUCAAGCAUCUGUCGGAUAGGAUUGGUGUUGUGGAAAAGAAGCUUGGUAUCACACCUGCUCCGCCUAAACAGACGCAAGAACCAGGGAGUGAAAUAGAAAGUGUUAAUGGGGCGAAAGAGAAAUCCGGAAAGAUGAGAAAGGAGAGAAAGGAGGAUCCUAAGAAGAGAAUUGAGAGGAAGGGAGAUCCAAAGGAGGAUCCUAAGAAGAGAAUGGAGAGGAAGGAGGAUCCAAAGGAGGAUCCUAAGAAGAGAAAGGAGGAUCAAAAGGAGGAUCCUAAGGAGAAUCAAAAGGAGUAUCCUAAGGAGGAUGCUAGUGAGAUUGCUAAGGACGAUCCUAAGGAGGAUGCCAGUGAGGUUGGUAAUGAGGGUGCUAGUUCCUCGAAAGUGCCGAGUCUAGUGGUUGCCGAAGAAGUCGAAGAACCGAGCGUUCUUCUAUUGGAGAAAGAAAAUUCUACUCUUUCAGAUAAAGUAAAGGAGUAA